UACCCACGUGCCGGUGGUUGGCAGUGUGAGGGGGUGGGGAUAACAAUGAGGUCUUUGGAGAGUGAGAGGAUCCACCCCCAGCUUCCCAGUGAGUCCCCUCCUGUGGGCUGGAUCUGCGGGCCGCUGGGAGGCAGGGCCGGGAACCCUGAAUGGGCCCCUUGUCUCGGGGCUGGCUGUGGGCCAGGCUCCUUGGGCACAUGGUGCCCUCGCCAGGCCUGGCAAGCCGCCUUGGCUUCUACCCCACCCCUGGCUGUGCGAGGUCCAGGGCCGAGCCGGCUCCUCCCUUCCAGCCUGGGCUUCUCUCCCGGACAGAUGGACAGCCGUCCCCAUCUCUCGGGGAAAGGCAGCGGCACUGGGAGCCUCUCGGGAGAACCUAACCCCUGGGCAUCAGGGAGGAAGGAGCUCUAGAGCCAAGUCCAGACUGGGCCUGGAUCUUCUUGGGGCCCGGGGUGUCAUGAGACCAGCCCGGCUGCUAACGUACCUCCGGGAAGGAUCUUGAGUGCCUGGUCUUCCUGUGUGCCGGGAUCGCCAUGCUGGGCUUCGGCCCUUGUCUGGUGGUGGUGGUGUGUGUUCACCGUGUGCCCUGGCCCACACACCGGAGGAUAAGCUGGGGUGUCAGCCUUCACCUUUGACCUUGUUUGAGACGGGGUCUCACUUCUUGUUCGUUGCUCUGGAUGCCAGGCCGGCUGCCCUGCCUCUCCGCCUCUCACUCCCUUGCUGGAGCACCAGUGACACACGUGGGUGCUGCUGUGUCUGUAGUUCUGGGGAUCCGGACUCGGAUCACUAGGCUUGUAUAAUCAGCCAUUACCCCAGUCUUUUGUUGUGAUAGGGGGGUCAUCUAACACGUGGAGCCCAAAGUUAUCUUCUUUGAUCAUUACUUCCACAGUUUUUGCUUUUCUUUUUUCGUAACAGGGUUUCUCUGUGUGGCCCUGGCUGUCCUGGCCUCACUCUGCAGACCAGGCUGGCCUGGAACUCACAGAGACCCCCGCUUCCGCCGCCUGAGUGCUGGGAUCACAGGCGUGCACCUCCAUGCCCGGCCCUCAGUGUCUUUCGAGCAGGCCUCUCUCGUUGGCCCAGCACUUAGGCUCAGCCAGCAAGCCCCAGGGACCUCUGUCUCCACUUCCCAUUAGUACAGACGUGCACCACAGGAGGGUGCUGAGGACCACACCAGGUCUUCACUCGUAUGGCAAACCCUUUACAGGAGUCAUUUCCCUUACUGGCUGAGGCUGCCUUCCGACUCCUGAUCCUCCUGCCUCACCUCCCAAGCGCUAGGAUUCUAGGCAGAUCCCACCAUGCCUCGUUCAAGUCCAGUUAACUUUCUUUUUGUUUUAUGUGCAUGGGUGUUUUGCCUGCACAUAUGUUUGCGCCAUGUGGGUUCAUAGUACACGAGAGGCCAGAAGAGGGCGCUGGAGCCUCUGGAACAGCAGUUAGAGACGGCUGUAAACGGCCAUGUGGGUGCUGGCGUUAGAGCCCAGGUCCCCUGGAGGAGCAGUCUCUUAAUGGCUGAGCCAUCUCUCCAGCCCCUUCAAAUGCAGUUUCUAUAAUAUAUUUUUUUUAAUUGUUUGAGACCGGGUCUCUCUGUGUAGCCCUGGCUCUCCUGGACUCGCUUUGUAGACCAGGCUGGUCCCAAACUCACAGUGAUCCACAGUGGUCCGCCUUCCUCCGCCUCCCGAGUGCUGGGAUUAAAGGUGUGACAUCACACCUUUUAAUGAGUUUUAGUUCACUCUCCAGAACACUUACCUUAAGGCAGUGCUUUAACAAUUUUCCUAGCAAAAUCCAGGGAGAAUGCCUGACUGUCUCGGCUCUUGAUCAGUGUUGGUUUUGUUAUCCUGGAUAUUGGGCCAGAAGGGGACAAGGGCAUCAGUGAUUGGCUCUGAAGAGCUUGGAAGGUCCUGGGGAGGGGGUUGGGCCAGACAGCUCUCACAAUGAUCUAGAAUCCUGCUUCACUCCACAUUCUCACCCACUUUGACUCCUCUCCCUGUCCCAGGGAGGGGAGGAAGGGCCUGGCAUGAGUCCCUGGGGGUCACACCCCCUUUGGCUUUCUUAUUUCUGCCUUAGAUACUGUUCUUGAAGCGCCUUCCUACCCGAGGGUCCUCUCAGGUGGUGGCUGCUGCCCUGCAGCCUUUUCCCUUCUGUACCCCGAGGGCCGGCGUUGCACCUGCUUCGGACUUGUGGUGUGUAGGGUGAUGACCAUGGCCACUCGGUUCUUGAAAUGGGUUAGGCGAAUUUGGCGAAAGAUGACUAGUUGGGUCCAGUUCUGGAAACACAGAGCCAAGCCAAGCAUGUAUGAGCCCCAGAAGCAUCCACUGAAGGGAGCAGAGAAGGUCCCCUCGGACCUGGACGUUAAAAAGCUGGACAAGCUCUACAAAGAGCCCAAGGUCUCCGACCUGGACGUGAGCCUAGGGCUCCUCGAACCCUGCAUGUUGGCCACAGUCAAGGAAAGCCCUGCUGUGCACAGUCAGGAGAGCGGGGAGAGCCAUGACAGCCGCUCGUUCAGGCAGCUGUCCCAGACCGUGGCCCACUCAGUUUCCACGCUGAUGGUCUCAGUGUUGCAGUCUGGCUGGCGGCUGUGCAGGUGGAAGUCUUCUGUGACUUCCGCCUCGGUGACCUGCGUGAGGUCCGGGUCGUCCCUGAAGACGCCGGAGGCCGAGAUGCUGCGGGAGGUGUACCUGGUGCUCUGGGUCAUCCGCAAGCAGCUGCGAGAGCUGGCCCGCAGGCAGGAGCGCCGCCACAGGCGCCGCAUGCGCUCGCACGCCUCGCACACUUCCCGCCACUCCGACCCGGUGCAGGGCCUCAAACAGGACGCCCGAAGCCCCCUGUAGGCGGGGAGCCCCACGUCCUUAGGAGCCCCCACCUCGCUUGCAAGGAGGGCGACAGGAAGGGCGCGCGGGCCGCCGGGCCAGAGCUGCUCCACAGGAGACGCUUGACCACACUGUCGCCUCUUACGCGAAGCCCGAGGCGGGGCCUGGGGUCGAACAUACUCCCCUUCUCCGUGUUUAUCCAAUUUGUAAAGAAAAACAAAUUAUCUAAAUGUUGAGAAAUAAACACCAUGUUUCUGA